UAAAGCAUUUUAAUUGAGGAAGGCUUGCAGUGCACGACCAACGCACGGUAUUGCUUUACAACUAGUUGUGAACCAAAUUAAUACACAACUAAACUCAUGACUCAAAUAUGCAGUGGCAUUAAAGUCGACAUUGUUGCGAAGGCUUUCAUGUGCUUAUCAAUUAAACUUUUAUUCAUACAGGGUGCUGUACUCACUGUGACUUGUUAACUGUCUUUUGCAUGGGGGCCACGAGUACUCGGGACAGUAUGUAGUAAGUAAUAAAACAGAUGUUCAACACACAGAGCUUUAUUUUAAUAAGACGACCUAGAAAAACACACUUGAAGCCUAUUAUGUAGAACCAAAUAUGUUAAGUCACAAAACAUGAAGGUAUAAAUACUAUUUCUUAAAAAAAAACAAUGUUUUCCUAAACGGGUAUGUAAAUGAGCCCAUGUUACUAAGUGUGUUCAUAUGGUAAGAAAGUAAAUAGCCAUGUAAAAUAUUUGCACAUAAUGGUUUUUAAUGAAAGUAAAUGCAUGCAUGGGUAAAAUUAUUGAUACAAUAAUUACAUCAUGGGGUAUGAGGUUUUCACAGCAGCUCUUGGCUGACUUUGUAAUGAAUGUCUGUCUUGUCUGUGCACCUAUGCUCUUUUUUAUUUAUUUUUACUGUGUACUUACUGGCCAGGGUGCAAGUCAAGCAUGCAACAGGCUUGUAGACCUACAGGAGUUCAAGUCCAGCCAGACAAUCAAAGUAAACCCAGACAGACCUCAGCAGCAGGCACGCUUUGUCACUCUGGAAGCGCAGAAAACUUUAUUGGUCCCAACUCCUCGUCUUCGUACCGGCCUUUUCAACAAGAUCACUCCUCCCCUGGAUGCCAGCAAAGAACAGCUACGCAUAUGCUCUUCCUCACAGGGUGUGAGAGACUUCAGUGUGCCUGUGGACCUGGAUGCAACGGUGAAGGUAGACCUGGUCGUGGUCGGCUCUGUGGCCGUGUCAGAGAAAGGUCUGCGGAUUGGAAAAGGAGAGGGCUUUGCUGACAUGGAGUAUGGCAUGAUGGCCAGCAUGGGAGCUGUGAAUGAGUCCACUGUGGUGGUUACGAUUGUCCAUGACUGCCAGGUGGUGGAUAUUCCAGAGGACAUCAUUGAAAGCCAUGACCUGACUGUGGACUACAUCCUCACACCCACCAGAGUUAUUAAGACAAAUAACCUGUUCCCCAAACCACUGGGAAUCUUCUGGAAUAAGCUGACCACUGAAAAGCUGGAGAAGAUCCCCAUCCUGAAGAAGUUGCGUGCUCUGGAGGAAGAGGCCGGAAAGGAUGUAACACUGGGGGUGGCGCCCCCUGAAGCAGAGCCUGGUCUGCAGACCGGUCAACCCAAAAGGCAAACUAGACGGAGGCCAAGGCAGAACAUAGAGCAGGAUGAUAUGGGAGAAUCCAGACAGGAGAAAAUGUCAGAGUCAGAAAGGAAAGCCAGACAGCGCCCAGCUAGAGUGAGGAAAGAAGGCAGAGGAGAUAGUGGGGGAGGUUAUGAGAGAGGAAAGGGAAAUAGAGGAGAGGGAAAUAGAGGAGAUAACCUGAAGGAAAAGGGCCCAGAGGAGGGAGGAAGUGAAGUCAUGUCUCAACGUAAGCUCCCUCUGAGUGUGACCACAGUUUACCUGGGGGGAAUCCCUGCUGGGCUGCGUGUUAGUGAGCUGAAAGCUGCCCUCAGAGAGAGGGAGGCCGCCCCACUGAGGCUCACCUGGCAGGGAGCUCAACACAGGGCCUUCCUGGACUACAGCGACCCUGAGGCGGCAGAGCAGGCCCUGGAGGCUCUGCAGGAUCUCAGUCUGAAUGGUCACAGUCUGCAGGCUGAGCUGGCCAAGAGCCAGCGUGGAGGCAAGCGGUCCGGACAGUCCAAUCGGAGACCAAGACCAUCAACACCUCCGAAAUCUGAUACGGCGCCAGCAGAUACUGAGAGUGACACCAAUGAAAAGACUGAGGAGUAAUAGCAAUAAGCAAUACUCAGCCCAAAAAGUAUUAAUUGUGGAGCAACGUAAAAUUGCCUUAAGAAGAAAUAAGUUUGUUUUUUGAUAUUUUUGGAUUUAUUACAAGAGGACAUCAGUUAUUUGAACCAUAGACAUCUAAAUUGAAGGCUAAGACUAAUGGGCUUAGACAAUUUGAAUAGAAUAUGCAAUAGUUGAAUCAAAAAGCAUUUCACUAAAAAGGUAUUUUGUACAUGUAUCAUUUCAUAAUACAUAACAACACACCUAAUGUGCCUUGUUUAUUCACACACUCCUCGCGGUCGUGUGUCCCGAGAGCCUCCGGUUUUUGAAGGUCGUUUUUUUAGCAGUUCUUAGCGAUGGUCGAGUUAUUUUCCUUUUUAAGACUGUAUAUACAGUCUUAUUUGUUAAAAUAGAGUAGAGUAAAUUGUUUUAAAGUGUUCAAUACAUUUUAUUUCCACAACCAGUUCUCAGAGUUGCUUCCUUCAAGGGAGUCUUGUUUUUAUACCCGUUUGUCUGCUUGUUGAUCUCGAAACCAUUUUGAUCAACUGAUGAACUGGUUCGUUUUUGUUGCGGAUAGCGCAACCAUGUGGUCAUUUAAACAGUUCAUACCAUCCUGAUGAUCCCUGAGCCCGGACGCUUACAAGUGAAAUGAAAGAAUCCCUGCUCUAACAUUUCCAUAUACAUUAGGUUUGACUACACAGGAAUUGAUUCUUUUCAAAAUACGUUAAAAUCUGUAAUAUUUAAAUGGCAGCAUUUUUCUUUUUCCAUUUCAUUGCAAAAUACCAAUGUGAUCCAUUUCACAUAAAUUGCUUUACUGUGCAGUUGCAACCAGAUUUUGAAGAUGUGGACGUAUUUGCAAUUUUGAUAACAUCGUGUUUAAAUGGCCAUAAUUCUGACUCAGUUGAACAUCUUUACAAUUCAUCCUUUAAUACGGCCCAGGGUUUAGGUAUUCUCAAAAAAAUGCAGAUUAUAAAGAUCUAAACCUAUUUUAUUUUUAAACAUUUCGAGGUGUUUUGUAGCCUUGUUGGAGCUAUGCUUUUUGAUUUCUACUUCCUUGCAGUUUCUACUUUUUUGGGAAUGGACAUUGUAAAUUCAAACAGUGAUAAUUGUAUCUUUUGUUGACAGAAAUGACACAUUCAUGGCUUCCCGUUUGGUUUGGCCUGUUUGAGUAUGAAGCCAGGCUCACCAUGUAAGGGUUAAGAGAUGCUACGGUGCCGGCUGAACUGUUCUUGUGUUAAUGCAUCAGUUUGUAACCUAUUGUAACAUUCUCCAUUGAAGCAUUUGACUGUAUUGGCUCCGGCUAAGUGUCUGUUUUUUUUUUUUUUUUUUUGGUUUUUUUUUUUUAAACAAAACGGUUUUCUCUUACUUUGGUUUCGACAACUGCUUGAGGGGUGAUGUGUUUUCACAUUGUUUUAUUUAGGAAAUCGCACCCGAUUGUGCUUUUUUUGAGAUCAAACUGCCAACCUGGAAAAACCCCAGACUCUGACAGUGUUGUAGUCGUCACAAAGCCUGUUACCCCCUCAAACUAUCCUUAUAAAUUAUACAGAUUAUUCUGAUGAGGCAGUAAUUAGAUGUCAAAAGUUAAACUAAAAGCAUGAUAUCUCAGAUCAUUGAGCUCACGCAAACAAAACACAAAUAUUGAUUUACAUUGGUGAUUUUAAGGAAACUUUGGAUUGUGCAACCAGUUAGUGUUUUCUUGAUGAGUAAUGUUCCAUUUAGGGUGAUUCAUUGUUGACUUGUUUUGAUAAUGGUGCUGGUACAAAGCAAAAAGUAACUUUAGCUGAAAUACUAAGAGAAUUAAACGCAUGCAAGCACUCCAGACUUAAGCCCCCAAACACGUGCAUCUCGUGCCCUGUAAUGUUAGAAUCUAAUGUUUCUCUGCACAGACAUGGUAACGGAUCACUCUCGUGUCAGUCUGCAGUGUUAGACGAGUGUACUGUUUUCCCUGAAGGCACACAGCAUGUCUGUCUGCACAGAGCAUGCCGCAGGCUUUUUAUGGAGCUGUCAUCCAGGCCUGGCGAGGGUACAGCUGUGGAGCCCCAUCUCACUCCCUCUGCCCCUCCAGAGCGCUGAACCUCGGCAAAUGUCAUCGGUUUGUUAAUGCGCUGUUCAACUCCUGUUGAGCCUGCUCUGCCUAUAUGCUCGAUGGCAUUGCUCAUUUUACAUGGGGUUCAGUCCGUGGUCAUGUAAGAUUUCAAAGCAACUCGAGUAUUAAAGCACAGAAUGCAUAUGGACUGAAGCUCAGAUCCAUGUACACACAAGCCUCGACAACAUUACUUACAAAGUAAAAUGAAUAGGACAUCUUAAAUUACCAUUCAGUUACUUGACUGAGUGAGCUAUGUGGGUGCUCACAAAAAAUAGAUUGCGGCGGCCAUGUUUUUCUACAUUUGAAGCACCUGUUACUUUCAACACCACAAACAUUCCUGAAACUAAAAUAGUUUAAAAUUAUUAAAAGCUAUCAACACUUUCUUAUUUGACCAAUUGAUAUGAAAAUACCUUGCAGCCAGUAAAACUAACAAUUUUAAAUUGUUGCUGCUAUAAGCAAAUAAGGAAGCCAAUGAACAUUUUCAGCUCAUGUUCCUUUGGUAAUAUAAGUAAAUUGGCUUCAUUCACUAGUGACAUCUUAUUCCUGUGCCUCUGCUAUACAUUUUGAGCUUGAUAUUUGUGUAAUAUAUAAGUAGUAGAACAAAGCUUUCGCCUCCCUUCAUAUUUUGUGGAAAGCCCACUGAACCUCUUUAGUUUGGGAAAUGUAUUUUAUUUUAGCCCCUUUCUGUGUAGAUUCUCAAAAGUUAGUGCUCCUUGGACUCCCCUGAGUUAUUGAGCAGAAUCAUCCUUUCAGCAAAAUGUUUUUGAGGGAAAUGACUGUCCUAGAACUAACCAGCCCGAGCGAAGUACUGCAGGUUUUUCAACCGGUAACCAAAAGUGGUUGAGAUCUCUGCCUCUGAUGUUAUUACGCCUUCAUUGCUUACAUUCUCGUUAUAGAGCGCAUAAAACGAUUGACUUUGUAAACCCUUUAUUUAAAAUCUAUAAUCAAUUAAUCAUUGUUUUGUGGAAAAUCCGAUUACUUCAUUCAAUGUCAGUUUUCAUUAACAGGCACGUCCUGCUCUGGCCAGGUGAAAACACACUGCUAAACUGUCAGACUCUGGCCUCAGUUGUGAACUGCAUUAUAACAAGACACCACUGCGAUAUUAACAUUUGUACUACUGUACAACAUUGUGAACCUUGUAUGCCCAUUAUGCUUUCAUUGUUAGGCUUCAAAGAUUCGUAAAUUAAAGCCACGUGAAAUCAGA